AUGAUGAGGAAGACAAAAUACCUCGAGAUCUCCACAACUCUCCUGAUAUUCAUGCUGAGUAUAGUCAUAAAAACCUACAAAAUAGAAAACGGAGACUUUGUUAUUUGGGAUGAAGCCCACUUUGGAAAGUUUUCCGAAAAGUAUUUGUCCAGAAAGUUCUAUUUCGAUGUCCAUCCUCCCUUGGGGAAGAUACUGACCUCACUUGGGGGGUAUCUCUUCAACCAGCCACUGGACUUUGAAUUCAAAUCCGGCGAGAAAUUUCCUCCAGGGUUUGAUUAUUCUGGGAUGCGAAGAUUUCAUUCUAUUAUAGCAUCCUUUACACCCGUCUUCGGAUAUCUUAUGCUUAAGGAGAUGAGGUACUCGUACAGGCGUAGGCUGCUUCUGUCCAUGGUGUUUCUAUUUGAAAAUGGAUUUACAUCCAUUGGAAGGCUGAUACUUCUGGACUCACACCUUUUGACAUUUACGGCUGCAGUAGCGUAUUUUAUGACCAGAGUGUAUUUUAGGUCCAGAAAGACGAUACAUCUUCCUUCUGUGUUUCUCUUAGGCCUGACUUUAGGGUGUGUGCUGAGCAUUAAGUGGAUAGGAUUUCUUACUAUGGGGUUGGUUGGAAUAUUUACAGUUUACCAGCUGUGGUGCAAUGCCAUCUCGAAAGAAAGCAUUCUUGUGCUUGUGAAACUAUUCUUCAUGAAAGCGUUCUUUCUGAUCGGCAUCCCAGCAUCUCUGUAUGUUCUCCUAUUCUAUGUUCACUUCGAGAUAGUCAACAGAAGUGGGAGCGACGAUGGGCAUAUGAGCUCACUUUUCCAGGCAAGUCUUAAAGGCAGCAGCAUUGGCAACAACAGGAAAUAUCCUCUGUUCGGUACAAAGAUAACAAUCAAGUCUGCUAAGACCGGGGGAGGAUAUCUCCACUCUCACAACCACAAGUAUCCAGACGGCGGAAACAACCAGGUGACGAUUUACCAUCACAAGGAUGAAAACAAUGAGUGGCUGUUCCAGAAGGUGACUGACGACUUAGAGGAUGCCGAGUUUAUAGAAUCUGGAGAUACGGUAGUUCUAUUGCACAUGGAGACAAGGAAGUAUUUAGACAUUCCGGGCACCCAUUCUCUCAUCUCGAGGGGACUGAGGGCAGAGUCUUCAGGAAACCAUCUUUCCGAAACAAAUCUGUUUAAGAUUGAAGUAGUGGACGACGCUUUAGAGAAAGAGAGCAGGAUAAAAACCCUUACCACCAGAUUCAGACUGCUAAACAUUAAGCACAACUGCUAUCUUGGACCCUCUUCUAGAAAAUAUCCCUCAUGGGGGUUUGAGCAGGGGGAGGUCAUCUGCACCACAAAAAAGGACGAAGCUACUCUCUGGAAUGUCGAAGAAAACAAUUCUGAUAAGCUAAGCAAGGAAAGGAAUCCUGUGUACAGAGAGAUCGCAAGAUAUCCAUUUAUCAGGAAGUUUGUGGAGCAUAACAAGGCCAUGUUUAUUACAAACGCCUCUUUUGUCCAGGACGAGGAUCUGGAGCCGGAGAGAAUUGUUUCAAGGCCGUAUGAAUGGCUUAUUCUCAGAAGGGGACUAAGAAUGACUUCAUGGGACGGGCGGACCGAGAAGUUCUACAUGUUUGGAAACCCGCUCAUAUGGUAUUCGUCAGGGGUCUGUGUGAUUCUUUCUCCGGUGAUUCUUCUCUCCAGAAUCAUUAGGCAGAGGCGGAGGGGAAAGCCCUUGGCAUUUCUGAGGGGUGAGGGCUACAUAGUCUUCUUAUCCUGUUGUGGAUGGCUCCUCCAUUAUAUCCCCUUCUUCUUUGUUAAGAGAGUAUUGUACUUCCACCAUUACUAUCCUGCCCUCUUUUUUGCACUGUUUUCUCUGUGCUAUGUUAUGAAGUUUGUACGACUCAGGCUUGUGGCUGUGUUUGUAUCCGCUGCAAUCACAUCCUUUUUUCUCUACUCCAGGCUAACAUAUGGAUUUGCAGAGGAAACCGAAUUUCUUAGAAGAAUUAGCAUAAUCCCCACCUGGGACUUUAUAGAGAAGGAACAAUAA